AUGGAGCUUCGCAGCCGCCAGCUCAAGACCACGACCGAACGGCACAGCAUCGGCCAGACACUUUCCGAGCAAGUACGUAUGCUUGAGCAGAAACAUAGGCAACACCGCGAACAGAGACAGCUGCAUGACAAGGAAAUGCGGGAGCUCGAGAGCCAUGUCGCCACGGUCGAAAAGGCUUUGCAGGCCGAAACGGCAAAGAACAAGAGGCUCGAAAGCAACAACAUUGCGCUGCAAAACCAGCGAGACGAGCAGGCCAAGAAUCUUGAAGUUGCCAGGUCGAGGCUCAAGGAAGAGGUAGCGAGGGCACAGGCUCUCAAGACUGACGUCAUCAAUGACCGAGAGAUGAACGAGGACCUCUCCCAGCUGCUGAGGCAAGCGACGUACGAGAGCCGAAAGUAUCGCACUGCCCUCACGGCUGGGUUCAAACUUUUGACGAACCUCAAUGAUCAGGUGACCUUUAGAGGUCUUUUACGGAAAACCGACGUCUUUCUACGUCUCAAGAUUGCCCGCGAAGAGGGCGACGAAGGGGCGGUGCGGGAGUUCGAGGCGGAAGCCAGCAUGCCUAUCGGAAACCAUCUCGAUGAGAUCAACGAGGAUGCCUUAAACGACGCCGACGGCAAUAUGCUCGCCGGCUCCUUUUUGGCCCCUCCAGUCAAGGCUCGGCAGCAUCGCUCCCUUUGGGACCUUGACUCCUCCUCCGAUGGGGCCGGCCGAAAGGUAAAGCGCAAAUUCCCUGCCGAUGACAACCAAGGAGCCAACGUUUACUUGACGCGAGCGCAGAAUGCGUUCCAUGACGAGGACGUCGUCGAAGAUGUCGAUGAUGCCGCAUCCUGCUCCCACUGUGAUAACCCGAAGCGAAUGGCAACGUCUCGAAGCGGCACGUCGGUCACUCCCAGUCCCUCACAAGGCACUGCUGACAGCCCUUGGCAGUCAAAUGAAUCUGGUCUGUCGCGACGAAGGAUGAUUCGAUUCGUAAAGGUGCCUGUCAUGGAGGAGGGAAAGAGGGGAUGGUUGGCUUGGACGCCGAACCGAAGAGGCUGA